GCGGGCGGGCGCAGGAGGCCACGGCGCGGAUCUCCUGCCAAGGGGCUCGCGGGGCUCUGAGGAAGCAGCCGCGAUGCCGCUUGCCCAGCUGGGAGCGGAUCCUUGGCCCGACAUGGAGCUGGUGGACAUGGAACUGGACGGGACGGAGAAUGGACAAGCUGCUCCAGAAGAAAAAAAAGAAGCGCUGUCAAAGGCAAAGCGGGAGCCCGCUUGGAUAGAGAAAGACACUGCGAACACUGCAGAUAAGAAUGAAGGCUCUAUCCAAGAAUAUACCAUCACGUACCUUGUGAAAGAGGGGUCUGAGAAGGCCGAUCCGUCACAGUUUGAGCUGCUGAAAGUCCUGGGUCAGGGUUCUUUUGGGAAAGUCUUCCUCGUACGAAAAAUCACCGCCCCAGACAACGGCCACCUCUACGCCAUGAAAGUCCUGAAGAAAGCAACCCUGAAAGUGCGUGAUCGUGUAAGGACCAAAAUGGAAAGGGAUAUUCUAGUGGAAGUGAACCACCCGUUCAUCGUGAAACUGCACUACGCUUUCCAAACCGAGGGGAAACUAUACCUCAUCCUCGAUUUCCUCAGAGGGGGAGACCUCUUCAUGCGCCUUUCCAAAGAGGUCAUGUUCACCGAGGAAGAUGUAAAGUUCUACCUCGCAGAGCUGGCACUGGGUCUCGGUCAUUUGCAUCGUCUGGGAAUCGUGUACCGGGACCUUAAACCAGAGAACAUUCUCCUGGAUGACGAAGGACAUAUCAAACUCACGGACUUUGGUUUGAGCAAAGAAGCCAUCGACCACGAGAAGAAGGCCUAUUCUUUCUGCGGCACAGUGGAGUACAUGGCACCGGAGGUGGUGAAUCGCCAAGGCCACACUCAGAGUGCAGACUGGUGGUCCUACGGGGUGUUGAUGUUUGAGAUGCUGACGGGGGCUCUGCCGUUCCAAGGGAAGGACCGGAAGGAGACCAUGAGCCUCAUCCUCAAAGCAAAGCUGGGCAUGCCCCAGUUCCUGAGCUCCGAAGCACAGAGUCUCCUGCGAGCCCUUUUCAAGAGGAACCCGGCCAACAGGUUAGGGUCCAGCCCAGAUGGUGCUGAAGAAAUAAAGCGUCACCCUUUCUAUUCCACCAUUGAUUGGAAUAAACUCUUCCGCCGAGAAAUCAAGCCGCCUUUCAAGCCUGCUGUGGGCCGGCCGGACGAUACCUUUUACUUUGACAAAGAGUUUACCUCUCGCACACCUAAAGACUCCCCUGGGAUUCCGCCCAGUGCGGGGGCCCAUCAGCUCUUCCGAGGCUUUAGUUUUGUGGCCACCGGCUUGACCGAAGACGAGAAGGCCAAAUUCCCACCCCUGCCUUUGCAUUCCGUGGUUCAGCAACUGCACGGCAAGAAUCUCCAGUUUAGCGACGGUUACGUGGUCAAGGAGGCCAUUGGCGUGGGAUCCUACUCGGUGUGCAAGCGCUGCGUUCACAAGGCCACGAGCACGGAAUACGCCGUCAAGGUCAUAGACAAGAGUAAGCGAGACCCCUCGGAGGAGAUUGAGAUACUCCUACGGUACGGGCAGCACCCAAAUAUCAUCACACUGAAGGACGUGUACGACGACGGCAAGCAUGUUUACCUGGUGACCGAGCUAAUGAGAGGAGGGGAGCUGUUGGAUAGGAUCCUCAAGCAGAAGUGUUUCUCUGAAAGGGAGGCCAGCUCUGUCCUGCACACGAUCAGCAAGACCAUGGAGUACCUUCACUCCCAAGGGGUGGUCCACCGAGACUUGAAGCCUAGCAACAUCCUCUACGUAGAUGAGUCUGGCAACCCAGAGUCUAUUCGUAUUUGCGAUUUCGGCUUCGCCAAGCAACUGAGGGCGGACAAUGGGCUCCUCAUGACCCCUUGUUACACUGCCAACUUCGUGGCUCCAGAGGUUUUGAAACGUCAAGGCUACGACGAGGCCUGUGAUAUCUGGAGCUUAGGAAUUCUCCUCUACACAAUGUUGGCUGGGUACACUCCAUUUGCAAAUGGGCCCAACGACACCCCCGAGGAGAUCCUUACUCGGAUAGGCGGCGGAAAGUUUUCUCUCAGAGGGGGAAACUGGGACACAGUUUCUGAUGCAGCCAAGGAUCUGGUGUCGAAGAUGCUCCACAUUGACCCUCAUCAGCGCCUGACUGCCAAACAAGUCCUCCAGCACCUGUGGAUAACCCAGAAGGACAGGUUGCCACAGAGCCAGUUGAGUCAUCAGGAUGUACAGCUUGUAAAGGGUGCCAUGGCUGCAACGUACUCAGCGCUGAACAACUCCAAGCCGGGCCCUCUGCUGAAGCCCAUCGAGUCCUCCUUCCUAGCACAGAGGCGGGUCAAGAAGCUGCCGUCCACCACACUGUGACUUGGGAACGCUGGGUACCCACCCGCCCCGUGCUGCUUCCCUUGACUCUGCACAAGCUUCCUGGAACUUCCAGGGAAGCAAGAAAACACCAUCCCAGCAAGAAGUCGAUUUUGAGGCACUUCCUCAAAUGCACAUCCAGGCCAAGUGCCUUCUGAAAGACUGGCUCCCGUUACCCUCUCUUUGUUUUUGUUUUAAGUGUACAGAGAGACUAUUUGUAAAGGGAUCUAUGUAGGUGCAUCUGAAAAGCUGAACGUGCAAAACAUCCGUGGCUUGCCACCCGUGACGCAGUUGAUCUCCUCCAACUGCAAACAGCCCAGUGGACGCCUCUGCGGCCCAAACCUGGUACAGCUGGAACAACAUCCUCUCUUUUCACCAAGAUCACUCCAAUGGAGGGGAUUCUUCUUAGGAUCCCUUCUGUACAGACUAUGAGUUCUUGUGUGUGCACAAGCUUCUUCGAUGUCAUGGUCCCCCCCAUCCUCCAAGCCCUGCGGCUGACAUCCAAGAGGAUUUUGAACCACUCACUCUCUCUUCUCUUCCCCCCCCCCCCCCCCGUCCUCCUUUGGACAUCACACUGUCACAAGCACCCCAACCUGCAGGGCUGGAAUUACUACUCAUUUUCUAUUUACUUGAAUCCAGCUGCCUCUUAGACCUAUGCCAGAUUAUAUCUAGCUUUUGAAUGUGCAAUGGGCUUCUAAGAAAGCGAUUUCCCCACAGCAACGAUGUCAGGUUUUCGAGGUGGGGGGUUGUCUUUUUGUUUUUGUUUUUAAAAACUCUCUCUGUUAAAUAGCACAAUCCAGAGCCUCAUGAUGCAAAGUGCAAAAAAUCAGCUUUGCUUUCUUUUUCUUCUUUCUUUUAAAUUAACUGAUUCUGUGGCUGGUAACUCAGGGUUUCUGUCUGAAUUUUCAAAUAAAACAUAUCAUGCAGUUGAA